CUUCACUGAUGUGCGCUAAUGAGGCUGUAGUGAUGGGCACUGAUAGACUGCACUGAUAGACACUGGUAGGUGGCACUGAUGGGCAUUGACAGGCAUCACUGAUGGGCACUGAAAAGCAGCACUCAUGACACUGACAGGCGGCACUGACAGGCGGCACUGACAGGCGACUGACUGACACUGAUGGGUGACACUGAAAGACAGCUCAGAUGGGCACUGUUAUGUGGCAUUGAUGUGCACUGGUAGGCACUAAUGUGGCACUGAUGGGCACUGGCAUGUGGCACUUCUGGGGCCACACUGAUGAUCAGUGUACAUUGGUGCGCUGUGUCUCAUCAAUGCCACCUGCCAGUGCCCAUCAGUGCCUACCAGUGCACAUCAAUGCCACAUAUCAGUGCCCAUCUGAGCUGCCUUUCAGUGCCACCUAUCAGUGCGUGUCAUUGCUGCCUAUCAGUGCCACCUAUCUGUGCGAGUCAGUGUUGCCUAUCAGUGCCAUAUAUGAGGUCUGCCUUUCAGCGCCCAUCAGUGCCACCUACCAGUGCCUCAUCAGUGCCCAUCAGUACCGCCUAUCAGUGCCCAUCACUGCAGCCUCAUUAGCGCACAUCAGUGAA